AUGCCACCUCUUCCCGGCAAAGACAUAUCUCUGCUUCUCCUUCCAGCACUGGCUCUCUCAUCCCCGCUGUCGUCUCUCAAAUCAGCCUAUAAAAUCACUCUGGACACGCUCCUACCCAGCCUCGUCACCGGAGACAAUCCAGAGAACGAUUCCCUGGUCAGGUUAGAUAUCGCUGUCGUCCUCUCGGAUUCUUACCCGCUGGCUUUGAAAUGCCCCCGUGCAUCGGCCUUUGCUCCAUAUCAACUUCUCCUCUCCUCAAUCUACAGCCUUGUUGUUAGCUCAGCCUCGAGAUUGAACAUUGAUCUAGACUUCCCUGGUGGCUUGGACGUGCGUGUCUUCAUUCUUGAGCCUCGUAUCUCUUCUCUGCCUCCAGGCAUAGCCGGAAAGCAGUCCCUCGCUGGUCCCAUCGUUGACAUCACGACAUUCGUCAAGUCUUCCAGGCCCUAUACAACCCUCUACUCUGUCGAUGGUGAACCGGGCGAACAAGCUCUCAAGCAACUUCUCACCGCAUAUAAUUCCAUCAAUGCUUCUCCGCCAUCUGCCGAGCGUCUACCAUCUGGUCCAGCCAUCUCCUUGUCACCAGCAUCCAAGUCCUUGGAAACGUUGGUCGAUGACCGCCCCUUGCAGAAUCACUCCUCUGUUGCCGUAGGUGGUACCUUCGACCACCUGCAUAUCGGACACAAACUUCUCUUGACCGGCACCAUCCUCGCCGCCGAGCCCAGCUCUCAGUCUCCCCGCCUCAUCACCGUGGGCAUCACAGGCGACGAACUGCUCGUGAACAAAAAGUACGGCAACGUUGUCGAGUCCUGGGACACUCGGCAGCAAAGGACAGCCGAGUUCGUCGAAUCUAUCCUUAGCUUCCAUCGAGACGUUCCUAGCAUUCGGACUGUCCAACAGAUUGAUGACCCCGGGCCAAAUGGUCGCGUCGUGCGCGUUACUUACUCUACAAACGCUCCUCCAACGGAUGAGAUCACAAUCAACUAUACCAAGAUUUCCGACCCUUACGGGCCAACAAUUGCCGAUGAAAAUAUCUCAGCAUUGGUCAUAUCCGCAGAAACGCGGGCGGGCGGGAAUGCGGUGAACGAGAAGCGUGGCGAGAAAGGAUGGAAGGCGUUGGAGGUGUUCGAGGUCGACGUCCUGGAUGCAGGUGUCGGUGGCGAGGACGAAAUCGAGGAGAAGGAGGUGAACAAGGGCUUUGACACCAAGAUCUCAAGCACAGAGAUUCGUCGGAGGGUCGCCGAGCGACUGCCGCAAUCAUAA